UUACAGCGGAUCCUGCCAGAGCAGACAGAAGGAGUCAGGUAGUCCCAGAAGAAAGACUAGGACACUCGGGCUAGGCUAGUGAGAGGGCUUUCAGCAUGGCCUGCAUCCCAGGAGUGUUGGCGGCGCCGCGUCAGCUUUGCAUAGUCGAGGCUGCCAUCGUGGGCUUCGCGGAUCGUGCUUGUAGAUGAGAAGGGCAACGAAGAGGAGGCCAUUUGAGCUCUCAAAGACCAGACAACAUCAAUGUAGGUCAUAUCCUCCGAGAACGAUGUCAAUGCUGGGACCAGCUCUCACCACAUCAAUUCAGAAGGGGACAAGGCAGACAUUCCCGGUAUUUUUGUCGAUCCCUCAGAUACUGCCUGCCUUAAUUGUACCAGUUGUGAAGCUCAGGAUGUCCGAUGAAACGUACUUUGCAUCGGUUCCACCUGUAUGGGAUCUAUCAGCACCUAUCUUUUGUUUGAGCACUCCUCGAGACAGCAGACACCAGGGAGGGGAGGCUGAAAGGAUAUUAUCAUCAACGAGAAGGGACUGGAUGCAAUACGUGCAAGUUAUUGUAGCAACGACUCAAAAUCAGUCCUCUUAUCGUGAUCAUAGUUCAUCAGUCGGUGCCAGUGGAAGGAAGGCUGCAGACGCUGUGCUAGACUUUGGCUGGUCGACAUGUCCAUGGCAUUCACUCUCGCUUCCAAGCUCUCUCCCUCGACGCUUUUCCUCUUUGCCCCGUCUCCACCGACACUGCCACAGAUCCCGACGCUUGGCGAACUCCAAAAACAAGCCUCGUCGAUUCAACAGUCGAUUCAUGGAUCCCUUCCAACGUACGACUUUCGUACACGGUCGAGUCAGUCUGAGUCCGUGGCCAUCCAUCCAGCUAGGGCUGUGGAUUCCAAAACUACAGCUCAAUCCGGAGGGAAAGGCGUCAUUCCUGGCAAGUUGAGAAAAGCUGGUCGGUGGACGAGGAUCCAAGAAGAGAUACCCGAUGGACCGAAGAUGGAGGGAAGCUCAGUCUAUGCACAUUCUGUCAAGGCGGAAUGUGAGGCAACGUGUGUCCCGGUGCAAGCUGAUCACAGGCCAGAUGACUCUCAACCACAUAUUGAUCAAGUUCAAAUGCAGAAGGAAGAUCAACUUGAACAUUGGUGGUCUUGGUGAGUGCUGUGACGACAACUUUGACGUUACGACCUGAUCACGCAUCAUCUUCAGGUGUAGAUGCUGAUCAAACGAAACGAGCGUGAGCGGAUCCGUGUCCAGACUAUUCAGGGGACGGAUACCUCUGACUCUCUGGCGAUGCGGGAGCGAGCUCGGACUGCAUCAUGA